GGUUGCACAAACAAUGAGUAUGGAGUGUCCACCAGUGUGGAUGUUCUAAGUUAAUUAAUUUAGGGUUUUAAAGGUAUUAAGGCUAAUUGUUACUCUCUUCAAAUCCUGCAAAUCCCGAUCAUCGCCUGUUCACUCAGACCGUAUGAUAAUCGCUUGUCGUAUUGGUGGCCUAAGCAAGAAUUCUUCUGUAAUUUCCCAGCAAAGAAGACAAGUACUCUUCUCGUGGUUCUCUACUGCUAACCCUAGACAAUCGUAUUUCUUCUCCGAUGGCGUUGAAGAGGAAAAAGGUGUCAGUGCCGUUUAUCGGCACGCGCUCAAAUUUCAGCGUCCAAACACGAUAAGAUGGCAACAACAGUUGGUGAACUCCGUCAAUUUUAUUGGAGCAGUGGAUCGCCCUGUGCAGAAACAAUCCUUCAAACGCGACCGCCCCGUCGGGGCAUACACCGUGCUCCGAAUCAAAAACUCCGGUGAUAUCAACCGCACGUUUAGGUUCGAUUCUUUGACUUUUCGAACUAUUUUGGCACCAGACAUAAGCUCAGAUAUUUGUUUUGACAUACUACUGCAAAUGUGGGAUGACCUAGCCAAAAUGUGUAUUGACCAUCUCAAGCCAAAUGAUGUCAUUCAUGUUUCAGGUCGUUUGGCGGGUUUCCUAAGUAAUCAUCCGAGUGGAAAUCGGCAGUAUCUUUACAAGGUAGUUGUGAAAGAAGUGAAUCACGUCACGCAAAGGGCUCAAGGCUCAACAAUCCAAAGUUCUGUGGAAUCACAAUCAGAAGAUUCUGGUAAGUCUGGGUUGGAGAGGUACAAGGACCGCCUUCGCUUGUGGCAAGUUUUCUUCACUAGCCCAUAUGAAUGGUGGGAUAACAGGAAAUGCAAAACGAAUCCACAACAGCCAGAUUUUAAGCACAAGGAUACUGGUGAAGCUCUUUGGCUAAGUCCAAAUGAUCCUCCAUGGAUUAAAAGACAGCUGCAACUAAUAGAUUCAGAGAUGGCAGAAAAAGGCAAAGUAGAAGUGGGUACUUCAUCUCGUGUAUCUAGAUGGGUCUAUGAUUAGUACGAUCCACUGGGAAAUCUUCAGGACAUAAAAGACAGGAUUGCAACCAUUUGAAAACAACUACAAUGACGGAUAACUUGAGAAGUAGUGUCAAGGAACUCCAUCCUCUAUUUGAGGUAUAUUGAGCAUGACCAUCAUUUGGCUUUUGUGUGGAUGAUUACGGAGUCAUUAUUGUGACAAUCCUUCUAGAUACAUUAUGGAAAUACAGUUGAUUUUUGGGUUGGGAAGAAUAUGUCAAACGUACUGGAUUUAUUUCAUGAAAUUGUUGUUGUGUAGAGAUAUAUAACUUCCAUUUACUUUGUACAUGCUAAUAGACAAAUUAGUAUUCUAGUGAAUAUUUUAAACAAUAGAGUAGCUGUGUUGAAUA